AUGGCGGCAGAAUUAUACGAUGGGACGAUUUCCGAUAGGAUACAUCCUCUCAAAAUCUUCGAUGCAGCCAAGAGCCAGGAAAGGUUUCUCAAUGUCUCUGCGCCCAUGGUGAGAUACAGCAAGCUUGCCUUUCGCCAAACGGUUCACGAAUAUGGAACCGACCUGUGCUGGACGCCCAUGAUCCUGUCCAAGGAGUUCAACCGCAACAACUUUGCGCGCGACAGCGACCUCACAAUCUCAACCCAGGGCGUCCAGCCCCCCACGAUAGUCCAGUUCGGCUCAAACAGCCCCAUAGAGCUCGCCCGCUCAUCGUCCCUAGCCGCCCCCUAUGUGAACGGCGUCGACCUCAACUGCGGCUGCCCCCAGUCCUGGGCCUGCGCCGAGACUCUCGGUGCCGCGCUCAUGGAGAAGCGCGAGCUUGUCCGUGACAUGGUCAUCGAGACGCGACAGCGUCUGGCGAACGACGGCUGGCACGUAGGCAAGGAGCGUGAUAUCGACAGUCCCAAGGGGCGCAGUGUCAGCGUCAAGAUCAGGGUCCACAAGGACUUGAGGAGGACGAUGGACUUCAUCGACACCGUCAUCGGCAACCCCCACGAUCGCAACAUCGACUUCCUAACCAUCCAUCCCCGUACGCGCCACACGGCCUCCAGCACCCCUAUCAACACGGAGUCGCUAGGUAUCCUGCUGGAAAAGUAUGGAGACACCCUCCCGAUCCUUCUCUCUGGCGAUGUCUUUUCCAUGGCUACACUGCCGCUAUCUACCGUUUCAAAGACAGUAUCGGAACCAGAUGGACAGAUUACCAACGGCCUCACACCUUUCACUCCAAGCGGAACCAAACUCGCGGGUCUCAUGUCCGCCCGUGGCAUCCUCGCCAACCCGGCCAUAUAUGCGGGUUACGAAGCCUGCCCCUGGGAGGCCGUCGAGUCCUUCAUGCGUCAUGUCAUCCGUGCCCCUAUUCCCGUGAAGCUGGUGCAGCAUCAUCUCCACGAGAUGGUCGGCCCAGGCAUGGGUCCAGACAAGAAAGCGCUGCUUGACAAGCAGGAGAGGGCUGCGCUGCAAAGACUGGAUAGCAUGAUAGACGUGAUAGACUUCAUGGACGAGGCAAUCAACCGCAAGACGGGUAGGGCAGACGGGCUGCGACGUGAACCCGUAGACAGUUCAAAAUUAUCUAUACCAUGA